UGUCAUUGUCAUCUAAUUAACUAUAAAGUUUGAAAAAUAAAUAACAUAUUUAAUAAUUAACAUGGAAAAUUACUUUAAAGGUAAAAAUGUCGAAGAAGAAAUGGAGCGACAUAAAAUACCCAUCAAGGAUAUUCCUGAAAACUUCCUAUGGAUGCAGGUAAAAGGUGGAAGCAAAAUGACUAAUUUGAUUUCUCAUGCAAUUGGAAUACUUGAAGAUAAAGGAGCCACUGCUGUGGUAUGGAGUGGUGCUGGAGUUGCUAUUGCUAAGGCCAUCUCAUGCGCCGAAAUUAUAAAGAGACAGUUUUCCAUUCAACAUCAAGUGACGAAGUUAACUCAUAAAAGUGUUGAAGAAUACUGGGAACCAAAGGUAGAUGGACUUGAAACAAUUGUUGUUAAACGUCAAAUACCUGUUAUACACAUAUUAUUAUCUAUUCCGGAAAUACCAGAUAUUAGUCAACUUGGAUACCAAACCCUUCAAAGUAAAAAAUUUUGGGAAAAAGUUCCCAGCAAUAAUUCUAAGCAGCAACAAUCACACAAAACAAAAAAGCCUUUCAAGCAUAAGAAGGUUGAUCCACAGGAAUAAUAUGCUUUUUGUUACAUUAUAAGAGAUCUA